UUAAAAACGAAUAGGAAAACCCGAUCAUAUCCAAAUCUAUCUUCUUCUUCUUUGCUAUCUAUUUCUUUUUCUUUCACACAAAUAAAUACAAACAAACGGAGUGCGUAAAAGAGAAAGUGCCAUUUAUCAAAAACAACAUGUUGUGAAAGCCUCAAUUCGUUAACUGUCCCUCCCUCCCACUUUGAUCAUCAUCAAAAACCCAGAGAUUAAAAAAUAAAAAUAAAUUCUUAUUUGUUUUUAUUUCUCUCACUACUUGUUAAGAAAAAGGGGACUUUAAAGUCUCUCUCUCACUCACUGGUUUUCUUUCUUUUUUUCUUUCUUUCUACUUCCCAAUAGGAUCAACAGCAACUUGAAAGAAAACCCUAAAAAGAUCCGUUAGGACUUGUUUUCUUUCAAUCACUAUUAAUUGUUUUCUUCUUUUCAUCCGUUUUGGGGCUUUUGAUGUUGAUUGUUACCUAGGUACUGCCACGACGAAGCAACUGGUGAUUACUGAUUACAGCAAUUGGUCAAACCUAUUUUGAUGGUUUUGAAGGAGUGCCUGGUAUAUGCAUGAUUGGAAUAGUGCAAUACAAGUCAAGCUGCCGAUGGUUUUCUUAUUCAGAAGGGUUGAGAAGAAUACAGACAAAAUCGGAAGGGAAUUUAACUUAUCUAUGAACAAAUAUGUAAGCAGUACAACUGCUUUUAGGUUUCUGUUACAGUCUUGCUGAUCCCAGUUAUUAGUGUACUAAAGAAAUUGUCUAGAAAUUGAUUUCUUAGGAGAAGUUGGUAGAUUUUGACUUUCCUGAGUUUGGACGGCUGGAAUUAAUUAUAUCAAGCCUUUGUGUACGCGUUUACAGUCAGUUCUGUUUGAUGGAUAUACAUAGUCAGGCUAUGACAUUACAGCACUUACUUGUGAAGAUGCUUAACCGUAUUAAUCACUGAUGUCCUGCUAAUUGAAUUCUGAAGGGGUGCUUUCACGCAUCCCAGCUAAUCAAAAUUCAUAUCAACAUGUGAUUUGCCAAACCUAAUACUUUAGAAAGUUUGUUAGUUACAUAGAAGCCAUAUAUUAUUUUCUGUAUUUCUCUGGGUGUUGGAAAUUCAGCUCUACACGUUCGUUAAGAUGGAAGCUGAUGGUGCCGGUGGGAAUCAGAUGCCAGGCAUUGCUCCUCGGCUAUUCCCAGCUCUAGGACCAGUUCUUCUGAUUUCUAUGGGAUAUAUUGACCCAGGAAAGUGGUCUGCAGCAGUGGAGGGGGGCUCUAGAUUUGGGUUUGAUCUUGUGUUACUGCUACUUAUUUUCAAUUUAGCUGCUAUCUUUUGUCAGUAUCUCGCAGCUCGUAUUGGUAUCGUUACUGGAAAGAAUCUUGCACAGAUCUGCAGUGAGGAAUAUGACAAGUCUACAUGCGUAUUUUUGGGUGUUCAAGCAGAGCUUUCAGUGCUUGUCUUGGACCUGACUAUGGUUUUGGGAAUUGCACAUGGGCUUAACCUUCUCUUCGGAGUGAAUCUGUUUGUUUCUCUAAUUUUUGCGGCAACUGAUGCUUUCCUAUUUCCACUUCUCAAUGCUCUUUUGGAAAAAGGCAAGGCAGAGUUUUUUUUUGUAAGUGCAGCAGGCUGUAUAUUACUCAGUUACGUUCUUGGGGUGCUCAUUAGUCAGCCUGAAAUCCCACUUGUCCUGAAUGGGAUGCUGACUAGAUUAAGUGGGGAGAGUGCAUUUGCCCUCAUGGGUCUUCUCGGAGCAAAUAUCAUGCCUCACAACUUUUAUCUCCACUCAUUCGCUGUACAGCAGCAGCAACAGAAUCUAGGACCACCCAAUGUGUCCAAGAGUACCUUGUGUCAUGACCAUUUCUUUGCCAUCGUGUGCGUCUUCAGUGGUAUCUUUUUAGUGAAUUAUGUGUUCAUCAGCUCAGCAGCAGCUGUUUUUCACAGUGCAGGCCUUGUCGUGCUUACAUUUCAGGAUGUACUUCUGCUAAUGGAUCAGGUAUUUGGGAGUCCAGUGGCACCUUUUGCCUUUUUCCUGAUUCUGUUCAUUUCGAGUCAUAUCACCGGAUUAACUUGGGAACUUGGUGGGCGAGUUGUUUUGAAUGAUUUGCUUAAGAUGGAUGCUCCAGUUUGGGUUCAUCGUGCUGCAGUUAGAAUUCUUGCUGUUGUUCUGGCUCUUUGGUGCUCAUGGAGUUCAGGGGCUGAAGGAUUGUAUCAGCUACUUAUUUUUACUCAAGUAGUGCUGGCUAUGAUGUUACCAUCCUCUGUGGUUCCCCUAUUCCGAGUGGCCUCGUCGAGAUCUAUAAUGGGUAUUUAUAAAAUGUCCCAGUUUUUGGAGUUCUCAGCAUUGAUUACGUUGAUUGGGAUGCUUGGGUUAAAUAUUAUCUUCGCUGUAGAGUUGUUGUUUGGAAAUAGUGAGUGGGUAGGUGCCUUGAAAUGGAACAUGGGAAGCAGUACAUCACUUCCUUACGUUCUUCUUCUCUUAACUGCUUCUGCAUCACUUGUUCUGAUGCUUUGGCUAGCAGCUACACCAUUAAAGUCUGCAACUCUCGGACCAGAUGCACAAGCAUGGAACUGGGAAUUGCAUAACAAUCUCCCUGAGUCAUCUUUAGAGGCUACAGAAGAUAAUUUAAAUAAGCUUGUAUAUCGCGGGGAGACUGUAGCAGAAGAACUAACACAGGAGAGGUCUGUAGGAGGUUACUCAGACACUUCAGUCGUGGAAUAUGAUUUCGAGUUACCCGAAGCCAUUAUGGAGACAGAUCAGGAACUACAUGUGUCUAAAAUUGAGGAUAUCAAACUUACUGCCCGCUGUUCUCAAAUACGUGAAUUAGAAGAAUCUAAGACUCCCGAGGUUGGUUUGGCUACUGUUGAAAUUGUAGACAAGAAGGUUUCAAUCAUGGGAUCACCGGACAAUGAUACCUUGCAGAAGAUCGUCUCUGCAGAGCCUGUUGAAAAUAGUGGGGAAACAGGUAGUGAUGUGCAAAGUGUAAAGGAUGAGGAUGAGGGGGAUACCUGGGAGCAUGAGCAAUCAUCUAAAGGGCCUUCAGGGAAUAGGCGUGCUUUGACCUCCGAGGGUUCAGGAUCAUUUAGAAGUCUCAGUGGGAAAACAGAUGAUGGUGGUAAUGGACCUGGAAGCCUAUCAAGAUUAUCUGGAUUGGGUCGUGCUGCUAGGAAACAGUUAGCUGCUAUUCUUGAUGAGUUCUGGGGGCAGUUGUAUGAUCACCAUGGGAAGUCAACUCCAGAAGCAAGGGCAAAAAAACUGGACAUGUUGUUUGGUACAGAUGCAAAUGCAAAUUUGGCUGCAUCUUCUCUAAGAGUGGAUGUUGUCACUACCGGAUCUUCUGGAUAUUUCCCCUCGUCAUCAGAUAGAGGGUCACCAUAUUUGACAAACUCAAGUCUAUAUGAUUCUCCCAGGCAGCAGAGGAUGCCAUGUACCAUAGAGUCACCAUAUGGACUUCAAACGGGAUCCACAUUAUCUACUCGAAUGCAGUUGCUUGAUGAUCUUGUCCAAAAUUCCUCCAGGAGUAUGUACGACUCCAGUGAGAAGCGUUACUCUAGUUUGCGCCUGCCACCACCCUCUGAAGGCCGGAAUUAUCAGCCAGCAACUGUGCAUGGUUAUCAAAUGGCAUCCUAUCUCAAUAGAAUGGCAACAGACAGAAAUUCAGAUCCCUUGAACACUAUACUGGAUUCCCCAACGGUUAAAUCCUUGUCAUCCUCACCUUUUACCCGUGCAAACUACAUAGACCCUCAUAGUAGUGCUAUAGGGCAGAUUCCUCAAAACAGGAUUAGUUCUGGAUAUGCAUCUAUUACUCAGACCCCUGUGUUGUCCAGAGGUAGCACGAUGCAAACGGAUAGGCCUUUCAACAAUCCUUCAUCAAUUGGACCUGGUGAGAAUGCUGGCUCUACUGCGCAUACGAAGAAGUACCAUAGCUUGCCGGACAUUAAAGGGCUUGUACGUCCCCACAGGGAUUCGAAUGUGGUUGAGAGGAUCUCUCAGUUGGGUGGUCCUCCUGGGUUCGGCCCACCUGCUGGUAGAGUGGCUUACGAAAAAUCCGUUUAUUCUAAUUCCGGUUCCCGGCCAGGAGUUCCUUCAGUGUAUGAUGAACUCUCUCCCCCAAAGCUCUACAAAGAUCCUUUCUUCAUAGACCCGAGUUUAAAAUUAGAUGCUAGAUCACUUUGGUCUAGACAACCUUCUGAGCAGUUAUUUGGCAUGGAGGGAAGAAGCCCUAUGGUGGGGAAGGAAGUAAUGGGAAGGCGGCCAAGUUUAUUCGUGCCGUCAGCCACUCUUCAUGCAGAGCUGGAAUCCAAAAUGCUUCUGUCUUUUAGAUUCUGCGUCGUGAAGCUCUUGAAAUUGGAAGGGUCUGAAUGGUUGUUUAGACUUAAUGGUGGGGCUGACGAGGAUUUGAUUGAUCGAGUUGCUGUGAAAGAGAAACUUAAUUAUGAAACUGAAACUAAGGAGGCCAACCAGCUGCAUCAGAUCAAUGAGUCUCUCAGUAUGUCGUCCGAUAAAAAGUUCAGUUCUUUGAAGAAUGAGGAUGCGGGUCUUGCCGCAAUUCUGGGUUACCCACUUCCUCACUGUGGAGACUCAUGUAUAUGGCGAGUUGACCUAUUAGUGAGUUUUGGAGUUUGGUGCAUUCAUCGGAUUCUAGAGCUAUCACUUAUGGAAAGUCGCCCAGAGUUAUGGGGAAAAUAUACUUAUGUUCUCAACCGGCUUCAGGGAGUUCUUGAUCCAGCAUUUUCUAAGCCCAGAAUCCCGCAGACACCUUGCUCGUGUCUUCAAACUCCAAUGUAUGUUAAGAGAUCUAACUCGCCACUGCAGAAUGGAGUUUUACCCCCACCAGCUGCAAAACCGGGUAACAAAGGGAAAUGCACUACUGGGAGUGCGCUCCUUGACAUAAUCAAGGACGUUGAGAUUGCCGUCUCUUGUCGAAAGGGCCGUACGGGAACUGCAGCAGGCGAUGUUGCUUUCCCAAAAGGGAAGGAGAACUUGGCAUCAGUCCUCAAGCGUUACAAACGCCGCCUCACUAGCAAAGCAGCUGGAACCGCCAAUGACGGUGGUGGAUCUGGUGGGUCACUACGGAAAAUACCCAUUCCAUCAGCUUAUCCCUUGUAGUACUAGCAGCGCUGGCGAUUGAUCAACCAAACCAUUGCUUCAAGGGGCUCUCACCCCUCGAGGAGGGCCCUCAAAUUUUUUUCAAUCUUUAUAUAUUUUUACAUGUACUGUAGCUUUUCUGGAGAGGAUCCAAGGGUUAUACUUGUGUAGAGGAUGACCUCUUCAUUGUGUAAAUCAUCCUAUAAGAAAAAGAGACAACACGGUUCAGAAUGUCAGGUUCACUUGCGUAAGGUUGGCAGGCAAAUAAUGAUGUACUCUAGCUCCAUUCAUUUCGUUUUAACAGGUCAAUGCUCAUAAAGUCAUCCCUAAUUCUCAAGAAAA